CAAUGUCGAAUUGUGGACAAAAAAAAUAUUACGAAUGCGCGUUAUCGCCUGCUUUCUCUGAUUUGGAUAGAAUUUUAAAUAAGUAAACUAAAGUGAAUUCUGAUUAUUAAAUUUUUUAUUGUAAACAGGACCAGGAUAUAUUUUUACAAUGUCUUUGGCCGAUGAAUUAUUGGCUGACUUAGAAGAAAAUGAUGAUAUGGAUUUCGAACCUACUGUUGAAAACCAAACAACAGAAACUAACCAUGAAUUUGCUGUGCCAUUACCUGUAAUACCAAAAGAAGAAGAAAUAAAAAAUGUGUCCAUACGAGAACUUGCGAAAUUAAGGGAUUCUGAAAGAUUAAAAAUGGUUAUAACAGAAAUUGAGAGCAAUUCCGGCAACAAUAGGAAAAAGAUGGAAGUUACUGGUUUAAUGGAAUCUGAUCCAGAAUACCAAUUAAUUGUGGAAGCUAAUAAUGUUGCAGUUGAGAUAGAUGGCGAGAUAGCUAUUAUUCACAGAUUUGUCCGUGACAAAUACCAGAAACGUUUUCCCGAACUGGACUCACUUAUCGUCACACCACUAGAGUACAUUAGAACUGUGAAGGAGUUGGGAAAUGAUCUGGAUAGAGCAAAGAGUAAUGAGACAUUACAAAGCUUUCUCACACAAGCCACCAUUAUGAUUGUAUCUGUUACUGCGUCUACAACACAGGGGAAAGUAUUAUCAGAACAUGAAUUAAAUGAAAUAAAUGAAGCAUGUGAUAUGGCGGCAGAAUUAAACAACUACAAGCUACGGAUAUAUGAAUAUGUUGAGAGUCGGAUGACAUUCAUUGCUCCAAAUGUCACAGCUAUUGUUGGAGCGUCAACAGCUGCAAAGAUUCUCGGUAUGGCAGGAGGUCUAUCAAAAUUGGCCAAAAUGCCAGCAUGUAAUGUUCUGCCACUCGGCCAGCAAAAGAAAACAUUAUCUGGUUUCUCGCAAGCGUCAGCUUUACCUCAUACAGGCUUCGUAUACUUCUCGCAAAUCGUACAGGAUACACCACCAGAGCUAAGAUUCAAAGCGGCAAAGUUAGUGUCGACAAAAUUAAUCCUCGCUGCUAGAGUGGAUUCCUGUCAUGAAAGUCCAGAAGGUGAGACUGGAAGACUACUGCGUGAGAGCAUUGAAAAGAAAUUGGACAAACUGCAGGAACCGCCGCCAGUGAAAUUCGUGAAACCGCUGCCAAAGCCAAUAGAGCAGAGCAGAAAGAAGCGUGGCGGGAAACGCGUGCGCAAGAUGAAGGAACGAUACGCUAUGACGGAGUUCAGGAAGAACGCGAAUAGAUUGAACUUUGCUGACAUCGAAGACGAUGCGUACCAAGAGGACCUAGGCUACACGCGCGGUACAAUCGGCAAGUCGAGCACGGGCCGGGUGCGUUUACCGCAAAUAGACGAGAAAACCAAAGUCCGCAUUAGCAAGACGCUGCAGAAGAACCUGCAGAAGCAGCAGCAGUAUGGUGGUGCGACGAGUAUUAGAAGACAAGUGUCUGGUACAGCGUCAUCGGUGGCUUUCACACCGCUGCAGGGUUUGGAGAUAGUAAACCCGCAAGCUGCGGAGACGAGAGUCAACGAAGCGAACGCGAAAUAUUUCUCAAACACGUCUGGCUUCUUAUCAGUCGGCAAAAAGACUACAUGAGUGAUUAUUGACGAUCUUUAAGUGACAAAAGACUAAUAUUUUUAAUGAUUUGAAAUAAAAUGCGAUACAGUAA